ACAGGUGUCUGUCUUAGCCAGGUUACUAACGCGGCCACAGCUGAUCUGUUGAAGGGAGAGCUGAAUCAUUCCAGUGCUGUGUCCUGGGAUUAGAAUAAUACAACAGUGGGAAACCGAAGAAAAUACUUGUAUAUUGAAUGACUUGCUAUGGAUGCCAAGGAACCAGGAGGAAAAGACACUGUAGGUGUCAAGAAGAAGAAUCUGACCUUUUUGAAGAGCAGAUUGUACAUGUUAGAGAGGAGGAAGACGGACACCAUCGUGGAGCCCACUACCAAUGGGGACUCUGGAACCACUGGCACACUGCGCAGGAGUCAGUCCGAUAGGACAGAGUAUAACCAGAAACUGAAAGAAAAGAUGGCCCCAAAUGUUUCAGCAUCAGUCCCGACAUCGCCAACGCAAGACACAGAAGAGCUAAGGACUAGAAAAAUGGCUAAGCGGGCAAAGAUUAUUAGUGAGCUCAUCCAGACUGAAAAAGAUUUUCUAAAUGACCUGGAGCUCUGCAUUAGAGAAGUUGUCCAGCCACUUCGAAACCAUCAUUCUGAACGAAUUGAUGUGGAUGCGUUAUUUAUCAACAUUGAGUCUGUCUGUCAGAUAUCGGCGAAGGUGGUGUCUUUGUUGGAAGAAGCCACAACAGAUGUUGACCAAGAGCACCAGGUUAUAGGGGAAUUGUUCCUGGAGAUAAAGUGCCCUCUGGAAGAUGUAUAUAAAAUCUACUGUUAUCACCACGAUGAGGCGCACACUGUGUUGGAGUUGUAUGAAAAGGACCAAGAGCUGAAACAGUAUUUAAAACAAUAUACCCAAGCUUUAAAAAAAAUAUAUGAAGAUCAAGGGAAACCAAACCUGUUGGACAUGGGCUCGCUGAUGAUUAAGCCAAUUCAAAGAGUGAUGAAAUACCCUCUGUUGCUAUGCGAGCUGCUAAACUCCACUCCUCCAUGUCACCCGGACUACAGGACACUACAAGAUGCAUACAACGCAGUCAAAGAGAUUAAUGUCAACAUCAAUGAACUGAAAAGGCGGAAAGAUCUAGUUCUGAAGUAUAGGAGGGCAGAUGAAGAAGAAUCAUUAAAAUAUAAGCUCUCCAAACUCAAUAUUCACUCAAUAAGCAAGAAAUCCAAGAGAGUGACCAGCCACUUGCAGAUUCUGACCGGAGGAGAACAGGUGAAAGACCAAAUAUUUAACAAGGAAGAAAAAAUAUUCAGAAAUCUGGAAAAGACUGUGAGACUUUGUGUUAAGAAUAUUUCAUGCACCCUUCAGCAUAUACAGGAUGCCAUGCCAUUGGCAGCAGUAGGCAUGGAGGAGUUACACGAUAUUUUGCAUGACAACAACCAGAAGAGCAAUGGAUAUCUAAAUAUGCAAACCAGCAUGGUAGAACAAUAUGAACAUUAUGUUUGUGAACUGGACCGAAUAGUCUAUGCCCCACUGUGUGCCCUACACUCCAUGUUUCCAGCACCUCAGAAGCUGAUCCAGAAACGUUACGAUAAACUGCUAGACUACCACAGUUGCCUUCAGAGAGCAGGUGAUGGUCGGUUAGAGCAAGCUCGGAGGGACUAUGAGGCCCUCAAUGCCCCUCUUGUGGAAGAGCUCCAGGUGUUUAACAAGGCUGCACGUGACAUUGUCUUCAACUGCCUGUACUUCUUCUUCAAUCUCAUGAAGCAGCUGAUAUCCAUUUCCAAGACCUUGAGCUCUGUGGACUUUUCCCCGCUCGCUGCAAGUAUGAAUGAAGCUCAGAACCGCAUCAUUGAGGAACUACAGGACCUUAACUUUGUUAAAGAUAAUAACAGUGGGACAUUUAUUGAGAGAAAAUUGAGUUUUGAGAGGAAAAAAGCCUUGUCGCCCUUGCCCGAACUUCCUCGUCAGACCGAAAGCCACAGGUGCAAGUUAUUGUCUGCCUAUGGUGCGGAUAAACUUUACCAGGCAAAACGCAAGUGCAAUGCCUCCCAGGAAUGUGAUAUAGAUCUGUAUGAAGGAGAGGUGGUAGCUAUUGUGGAGCACAAGGACCCCUUUGGGAGCACCAGCAGGUGGUUUGUGGACACAGGAUUCGUCCAAGGCUAUGUCUACUCUUCCUUCCUGAAGCCAUACAACCCUGGAAAGCCUCAGAAGGAGUCAGCAGAUAGCCCAUUUUGUGAUGAUGACUUUGAUAACAUCAGUCUUUUUGUCUCUGGACGGACUUCCCGUGACAGAAACAGUCGCGCUUCAGCUGGGAGUGCCAGUGACAGCAGUCCAUCCAUAAACGGAGAUGACGACAAACAUAUGAAUGGAUCUGAAGAGGACACUUUUCAGAAUAGCGAGGAAUUCCAUAUUUUCUAUGCUGUGUACGCAUUUGAGGCUCGGAGUCAACAAGAGCUCAGCUUGGAGGAACAUCAGCGAGUGCGGAUCCUUAAAUUCUGUGACUUGAGUGGGAACAAGGAAUGGUGGCUUGGGGAAGCGUAUGGUCAAAAGGGAUAUGUUCCAGCUAAUUACCUAGGGAAGAUGACGUACGCGUAGGAAUCAUUUCAGUCCUAAGGAAUUAUCACACGGCCAGCGAAGGAGAAAUCGAGAUGUUAUUUUUGGAAUGCAUCUUUUUGGGAUACUUAAAGACAAUAAUUUGAAAUCUCCUUAUCUACUUUUAUGAAGGUCCAGUUCAUUUUGAAUCCUUAUUUGUUGCAUGGUAAUGAAGCAACAGCAUUUAAAUAUACCGUACUUUGAAGGAAGAAAUAGCACUUGGUCUAGCCAGACCACCUAAUUGAUUGUCAGCUCUUUGGAGCAUCGAUACCCUUUUGUACAGUUUGCACUUACUAAUAUGAUCUUUGUGUAGAGCAGCUAAGUACAAUGUACAUUAUUAGAGGCUCGUUUUUAAUAUGAAUUGAAGUUUGUUUUAAUGUGUGUUU